AUGAGUCUCGGCAAACGGCAAGGUCCCGCUCAACCUCUCGUCAUCGCGUUCGUUCAACCGGCAAUGGCAAUGUUCAGCGCGAUUUGGCCGAAGCCGUUGCCCAUUUGGAGUCGCGUUUCAGUCAUUUACAACUUCAGGGUUCGUUAUCAAGAUGACGAGCCAGGGAGCUCAAAGGCUGCGGCUAGCACUCAGUCUUCUACAGCAAUCGAGGAACCCGACCCUUCCCUUAAUGAGCAGGAAGGGAUGAAGAUGGACUACAAACGUGUCGAUUUGGUGUGGGAUAGGAAGCAGCACGUCUUCAAGCUCCAAGCAUCAACCAAAGAGCCUGAAGGUCCCAAGUAUGAUGCCUACCUAUUCCACGUGAGACGAUCUUUUGACAGCAAGGGGAAACAUCGGGCCACAUUCGUUGACUUCAAGAGUAAGCUUUUAAAAGAAUGUCUAGAGGAUGUUAUAGGGAAUACUCGAGGUGUGAAUCUUGUGGACCACACCCCGAAAAUUGAUCCGAACAUCCUGUUUCUAUAUCUGGAAGACUUGCGCUUACAUUGGAAGAACUUGGAGGAGUUGGGGCCAGCAGGCGAUAGCCCACGAGAAAUGAAGAAGAAUCAGCUUCGAAUUGACAACAAGCGGAGGCAGCUGAAUGUGCUCAUCAAGUAUCUCGAUGAAGAUUAUGCUGAUGUCAAGAAGACUGUGUAUCCGAUGCUGAAGGCUGGUAUCAUCGACUUCGACCAUUUGUGGGCGCUGUGGAAGCCGGGCUCACUGGUAUACUCCCCGACAUAUGGCUGCGAUGAAGAUCCCAGAGUCUUCAAGGUUGAAAUGGCAGUACGACACGAAACCAUAGUACGAGGCGUCUCCUACAUUAUCGACGGUAAAUACGUUGAUUUUGACGGGAAACAAUUCGGCUAUGGGAUCUUUGCGGACGAGAUCCCAGCGUUUCAAGGCACUCGCAAGAUCACAAGCUUGCCUUUCUAUCCCUUGUCCUUCCACAGGAACGAGACGGCUUUGCGCCAGAUGCUGAUUGAACGGGGCAAAAAGUUUGUUUCUCUCAGCGGCGCACAUUUCAGAGCGUACUCGGGAGUUGCCUACCUGAAAGGGGAGAAGGAAGUAGCGGUGAAAUUUCACAUUCAACCUAGUCGAGUCAUGGUGGACCCUGCCGUUUUCAGACGCAUCAACCCGAACUACUUUGUGUCGCCGGUGCAGUCGGCAAAAUUUGAUGCGUUGUGGGAUGGUGGCUCUGAUGAAGAAGAUGACAUGCACUGUGUUGUUUCCGCCAAUGCCCAUGAGGGUUCGGAAACAGGCCCUAGCAUUGAUGGAAUCAGCAAACCUUGGCAGGCGGGAAUUGAGGCAAUGAAGAAGGCGAUGAAAUUGCAACCUCUGCCAACAACUGCAAGCACAGAGAUUCAAGAAACAAGCAGCACAGAUUCAUCUGGUAAAGAAAAAGCAGCUACCGUCACCAAGGGGGAAGAUUGCUCGAGGCUGUCGUUGGAGUUUACUGAUGAUGAUUACUUGCUCGCAUCCGCGGUAGUACUAGGGUUCUCGUUCUCCGAGAAGCAAUGGCUAGAGUUUUCAGUAUCCAGGAUUGAGGAUAUCACAUGGAACGAAGCAGCUUGGGACUCCCUAGUGCUACCAGAAGUCACCAAGGAUCUUCUUCAAGCGCUUGUCACGUCGCGUCAACAAAAUGCGACGCAGACAAUAGACGAUGUCGUUCAAGGAAAAGGAAAAGGGCUUGUCACCGUUCUCCAUGGACCACCUGGAACAGGCAAGACUCUUACGGCAGAGGGCAUCAGCGAGUUGCUCCACUGUCCUCUCUACAUAGCAUCUGCUGGCGAACUGGGGACGAACCCUCGCUUGCUGGAAUCAGAUCUGCAGAGGAUUUUGGAGAUUUGCCAUUCAUGGGGGGCUAUCCUGCUGCUUGACGAGGCUGAUGUGUUUUUGGAGAAGAGGAACAUGCAGGAUAUCCAUCGCAAUGCCCUCGUCAGUGUCUUUUUGCGACAGUUGGAGUAUUUUCAGGGCGUUUUGUUCCUUACGACAAACCGAGUCGAGACAUUUGACGAGGCGUUUCAGUCACGAAUCCACAUCGCGCUGAGAUAUGACGGCUUGGAUGCCAGGGCCAAGCGAAGCAUUUUCAAGAUGUUCAUCGACAGGGUCAAGGCUUUCGGCAAAUUAGCCGUGGACGAAUUCACGGACGACGAUCUCCAAACGCUCGCUAGGCAUGAGCUCAACGGGCGCGAAAUCAAGAACCUGAUUGGAUCUGCUCAAGACUUGGCGUUGAGCAAAGGUGAAGCGUUGUCCAUGAAGCAUGUGCAUCAGGUGGUGGACAUUCACAUCAAGUUUGGGCGAGAUUUGCGGGGCGGGCCUGGGUUUGAGGAUGCCAUGAGGAGCUACUUUUAG